GCAUACAACUUCCUUUCCUACUUCUAGACCUUCACCCUCACAUUCGCAUACUAUAGCUUUUUGUUUCUCCAGCCACUUCUCAAUAUUUUCACGAUGGCAUCCGACGAAUCUAUACCAACUCUCAAAAUUCUCUUGAUAGGACCAUCGGGAGCUGGUAAAUCUGCAUUGCUCAUACGAUAUUGUGAUGAUCAAUUUGAUUCAGAAAGUAGUACUGCUACCAUUGGAGUCGAUUUUAAGUUGAAAACUCUCUCUGUCCACGGCUCUCCUUACCGGCUUAAUCUGCUCGAUACAGCAGGUCAAGAACGUUUUCGCACGCUCUCGAAUUCUUACUAUCGCGGUGCGCAUGCGGUAUUGUUGGUCUAUGAUGUUACGAAUCGCGAGUCGUUCAAUAGUCUGGGUAGAUGGAUUGAUGAGGCGGAGAAUAAUGCGGUAGAUGGAUGCGUAUUCUGGAUUGUGGGAACGAAAUGUGAUUUGGGCAGUAAAGAGAAGCGGAUGGUGAGCGAGGAAGAGGGAAGAAGGCUGGCGGAGGAAUGGGGAGAUAGAGGGGUGGCAGGAUGGGGAGAGUGUAGUAGUAAGACUAGGGAGGGUGUGAAGGGGGUUUUUGAGGGGGUGGUGAGAGAGGUCGUCAAGAGACCGCAGUUGUUAAAGGGAGGGCAGAGGAAGUCGGGUGGUGUCACGAUCGGAGGAACCAACGACAACUCUACAUCAGGAUGCGCUUGCUAGACAUGAUCUUGCAACAAGUUGGAUCAAGUGGUACUGACAUACAUUAUAAGAUAUUGGGCACACGGUACGUGGAUCGGUGGAUACGAAGCAUUUGUAUACGGAGGCGUUA